GUCGCAAGAACAUGCAUCCGUCAUUGUGAAGACAGCAGCAGCCAAUGACAGCUUAGCUUUGAUCACCGAUCUGAACCUCGUCUAGUUUCUCAAACACAAGUAAUCCUCCGAGCCUUCUCUGUCCGUCUCACUCUCUCCAUCACCGCAACUUCCAAUGGUUCGUCGAGCGGCCAUUCAAGCUUUCCGCUCAGCACGUCGUCGCCCACUCCUCAAGCUCUUUCGCCACCGCCCCUUGUUUCCUUCGACUACAGCCACAGCGAACAGUGCCUUCAAUAGCAGCCAUGCAAUAGGGACGCGCCCGCUCUCUACUCGGCGAGACCGCUCAGCCGCUAUCGUCUUGCAGUCCUCUAUGCACGUGCGAAGUUUCUCCGUUGCUCUCGUUGCUGCAGCCGUUGCUUCAGGUGCCUGGUAUUAUAAGCAAGGCUCCGGAGCUGGCUUGGGGAAAAGCGUAUCCGAGCACUCGCUCACAGCGACGGCAAGUUACAGUACGGCGGCAACGAGCCCCGUGGAUCCUGAACAAACAAGCCAAGCAAGGAGGAAGGCCCUUGUGGUUGAGCAGGGACAGCUGUAUUCAGGAACUAUCGUAGGUGACGGACCGUUGUCAAAAGAUACAGACGACUCGGGACGCAAGGUGCUUGAGAUGAUGAGCCCGGAGCAGGUAACUCAAAAGCUGAGGAAGAAUGAGGAGUCAUACAUUGUUGGACGGGGCAAAGGUGUCGUAAGAUACGACGUCGUUCAGAUACCGAGCAACGACCCAAUUGAAGAUGACCACGCUGAGAAAAUCAUCGAAGUACCGCCGUCUAUAUCUGCAUCAGACGACGACCAGACAAGCAGUGACUGGAUGUUUUGGGGAGUUUUCGACGGUCACAGCGGCUGGACGACGUCCGCAAAGCUUCGUCAAUCACUCAUCUCGUUCGUUGCGCGCGAACUAAAUGCGACGUACACCUCAGCUCUUCCCUCCCCCGAGUCGAUAGAUGCAGCCAUAAAAACAGGUUUUCUCAAGCUCGACCACGAAAUCAUACACGCCUCCGUUGACAAGGUUAACCAAGCCAAGUCGAAGCGAGUAGCGGCUGAGCUGCUCGCGCCUGCCCUGUCAGGCUCUUGUGCCUUGCUCUCCUUCUAUGACUCCCGCUCGAAACUCCUCCGCGUAGCUUGCACAGGAGAUUCGCGUGCUGUUCUCGGGAGGCGUGGGCCUUCUGGCAAGUGGAUUGCCACUGCACUGUCCGUCGAUCAGACUGGAAGCAACCCCGACGAAGAACGACGCAUCCGUGCGGAGCACCCUGGAGAGCCGAACGUGAUCGCCAAUGGUCGUGUACUUGGUGGCUUAGAACCAACUAGGGCGUUUGGUGAUGCGUUCUACAAGUGGUCGGAAGAGGUACAACAGAAGCUCAAGACCUCGUACUUCGGACGAACCCCGCAUAAGCUCCUAAAGACUCCGCCGUACGUUACUGCAGAACCUGUGGUCACCACAACCAAAAUCGAGCCGCAGAAUGGAGACUUUGUUGUCAUGGCCACAGAUGGGUUAUGGGAGAUGCUUACGAAUGAAGAGGUUGUCGGUCUGGUUGGCCAGUGGCUCGAGGCAGAAGGCAAGAACAGUGCGACGAAUAAUGGAAGUCAUUCGUGGCUGAAUUCCUGGUUUAGCUCGCAGAGCAAGACACUCCCCGUUGAAAUUGAGGCUGCUUCAGGAGACAAAGGCGGCAAGAAAGGUGGACAGCGAGCUCCGAUACGUCAGCAGCAAUGGGGGGUUGGCGGCGCCAAUGAGCGAUUCGUUGUCGCGGACAAGAAUGCGGCCACGCAUCUUGUACGCAACGCAUUAGGGGGCAAGGAUGAGGAUCAAUUGUGUGCACUGUUGACGUUGCCGAGUCCGUAUUCGCGCAGAUUCAGGGACGACCUGACAGUACAAGUCAUCUUCUUCGGUGAAGGACCCGCAACCGGCAAUGUGGAGGUCAACAAGGAAGCCACUGCAUCGGCAUCAUCAGAUGUCAGGGCUAAGCUUUAGUCACGAGGAGUGAGUAAUCGUUCGAUUGUGCACGAGAUUCAGGCGGAAGAUAUACCCAUGGCUAAACGGCGUUCUCCCUGCACUCGGAAAUGUUGUUUGGAGGAAGGAUCCUCACCAGUCAGAUAAAAACGCAAAGAAGCACAUUACAAAAUAUUGAUCUCGAAAUAGAUGAGACCGACUACAAGGAUCCAAGUACAGAGUAGACAGUUUGGAGAGAAGCAGAUGGCGAAACGAGGAGACGCAUGGCUACGGAGAAAGAGGCACAUUAGAAUUGGUCACAUCACGCCCGUUCGAGCGCAGUGGCUCCGGGUUUAAUUGUCUUUUCUCAUGUAGCAAAUCAAAUGUAUACCACCGGAUUUCCCAAAAGCCCGGUACUCUUUUUG